AUCAUCAUACCCCCCUCUACCCACCUGCCUUGCCCCAUGCCACUGAGUGGGCAGUUAAAGGGUUUGUGGGUCGCUCCGAAAUGCCCCCCCAGAGAAGAGUGAGUUUCGGGGGAGAGUAGAUGAUGCCACGGGGAACGAGAGAUGGCACUCGAGAAAUAACGCGAACGGCUUUUAUACAGUCACUGUGGAGACGUUGGUUGUGUGGGAACAUUGCACGUGAAACGCUCAAAAGGAUCUAAAAAAAAAAUGCACACAAAGGAAUACGAUACUCCCCACACGAUGCAGUGAAGUGUAAUACGCGAAAGGAAACGGUGUGACAGAGAAACAAGUUGAAAAGUAACCUAAGAGAUCCUAUAAGAAUACAAGUUCAAAAGGAAGCUUAAAGAUCCUAUAAGAGUACGCUCCAUUGUAAGGUGAACUGGCUGGUUUCUAGUCUAAAUUACGUGGACGGAUACAUCUAAAUAUCAACCCAACUCCUAAGGAUCUAAAAGACGCUUCACAAAAUCUCCUCGAAACUGUGAAAUGAAAAUUAUUCAUUAGCAAACAAAUAAAACUAAAUCUCGAAGCUAAACUACGAUAAAACUCGUCUUAGAAAAAGAGUGAAGCGAAACGAAGCGGUCUUCUUUUCGAAGUCUACCCUUUCUUAUCGAAAAUAAACGAGCGAAGUGGAAGUGGUAUUUGUGAGCGACUGCGAUAAAAAGGGAAACGAUAAGAAAAAAACGACGACUUAAAGUGAUACAGAGAAAGAAGACUUAUAAGAGGAGAGAAAUCUGUUAAUGUAAAGAAAGGAUAAAAUAAGGUUUUAACAGAUUUUGGUGGCUCUUGGGUCUCAAAUAUCACCAGCCACUGGAAAAUCAACAAAGAGAGCGAGAAGAGAAACCUUAGCAAAACAAGACGAUUAUUUGCCAUUAAAAUUGUAUGUGAAAAUAGCAUACCAAGAGUAAACGUAAUAAGGAAGAAUGAAAAGACUGCUAUGCAGGAUAGUGUUGAAGAAGGAGCUAAAGACAGUGCAUAAUACGAAAUAAACUCGAAUUUAAACGAAACUCUGUUAUAAUAGAGAAUAAACUUACGCGAUUAUCAUCAGAGUUCAUACCCCGUGCUGGCAAAAGGAAACAUAUAUUAUAAUAAGAAUAAAAUAGAAUAAGAGGAAAACGAAGAAUAUACAAGCAAAAUAAGGCUGGUACUUAUUAGUCUUGUAACUGUUAAUUAGCAUAAGUUCAUAGAAAUAGGAAAUAAAUAUAAAAGCCUAUAGAAAUCAACGACUUUCAGCAAAGGAAAGUUCAGUUACCAUAAGUAGUAUAUUUUCAAAGAAAAGUUAUCUUUUUAUCAGAAAGAUAAGCUAAACUUGCCAAGCAUAAAAUUCGUAUUUUUAUGCUAAAAGGGAAAUAUUUAAGAAACUGAUUGCUCAUAUGAAUUGGUCAAGUAGCAUUGAUCAAAGACCUACCUUAAAAGUUAUAUGAUAGUAAAAUAUUAAAACUCCUGAUAAUUUCUGUUAUUAACCUGUUAGAAGCAAUAAAACUAAGCAUUAAUGAGUGGAAAUCUAAGUGAACUGAAUUAGAAGUAGAUAUAGGAGAACUAUAAAGAGUUUCUAGAUUGUGAAAAAUAUUAUACAAGCUCAUGGACAAGUGGCCACUCCAGCGUUUUGCGUUGUUAGUGUGAUAAAAACAAAAGAGGAUUAGUAUGUGAUAUAUUCUUGUUGAAGUUAUUUUCUUUGUGAUACUAGAUUUAGGAUACAUUAAUCCUGGGUGUGCGAGAAAAGUAAUAUAUACUUAUGUAAAUCACGGAAAAAAAUAUUUGUUACUUGUUUGCUUGUUUAUAUAAGCUUGAUAAGUUUGUUGAUCUGAUUGACAUUAUAGCGAACCUUGCCAACGAACUCAGGCUUAGUAUAUCAUUCGCUACGUGAACCUCAUUCAUUGAAAAUGCCGGUCUCACCUUACUUGACCCAAACCUCCUACGCAGUGCGCCCUUACCCAAGGAACACCGCUAGCAACAUCACGACAUCGACUCCGAGUUGCUCCGUAGCCUCUAGAUACGGCAUCGCCGACACAUCUGUUACGUCUGCUGCCCUCACGGGCUACAAAGCAGGUGGUUAUGGCAAAUCCAAACUCCCCAUAGCUGACGAGAUCUCGUUGCCGAAGAGCAAAAACUACAACGUCGGCAGGUACAAAUCGUCGGACAACAUUCCUGAGAGUCAGACCUUGCUCGAACUCCGACUCAAGAAGUCCAGUUCGAACUCCACUCUUUUCUCGGGAAACACUGCGAACAUUCUGAAGAAUUUCAGCCUGCCCGAUGAGAAGGGCCGGGGGUGUCCUUAUCUCCCCCCAAAACCCAGGGUGGAGGAACGCAAAUUCUGCGGUAAGUCAGGGGGCGUGUCAGUCUUUGCCAGUCAGUACCUAGCCAAGGUAAACAGAGGGAGGGAUUUCCGCCCGAGAGAAAUAGACACACGAGACAUCAACACAACUGUCAAGCCCAGAAUCGCGCCCGGAUUCCAUAACAGCGAAGACAGUCUCCCCCUGACGAGAAACAGUAGGCACGUCGUCCGACUGACCAUAAAGAGACUGGAAGCUGAAGACCCAUUUGUGGUGAAAGACAAGACCAUCAAGACCAUAGCUCAGAGGCUCAUUGAAAAAUACACCGACAAGGAGAAGAAGGCCGACCCUUACGAAUACGUCCCUAGGAGGCGUCUCUACGAAGAUAAUGAGAGUAAAGAUUCGACGACAUUGCUGUCAGUAUCGCCCUCCUCAUCCAUAACCACCCCUCCACCAUGCGAGAGGAGCCUCCCCCCACCGCCUCCCUCGUCAAUCGCAACUUCUCCUUCGAUUGCUUCUGCUGAAAGUGCGGCAAAUAGUUCCCAGCGGGAGCAAACACUUCUUCCGGCAACUACUCAGCCGAGGAAGAAAUCCCUGGCGGAAUUGCGCGCCACGAUGAGUCCACAAAGUUCUUUCGAUGACGCGGACGCCGCUGCCUGCAGACUCUUGCGGGCAACCUCGAUGGCCGCCAAGAAGAAAGAGCUGGAAAACCUCGAGGAAGUGAAAGACGCCAUCAUCGCCGCUGUUCUUCAUCCCGACGUUGACAUCGAGUCGGACGAAGAGAUGAAGGAGCUCGUGCGAGGCGACAAGACCCCGUCUGACUCCUGGAAAGACAAAACCUAUGACAAACAGGGCGAGAGCUCAGGCGACCAUUCUGACGAAGGCAAAGCCAUCGUUGGUCAGCUGAAAAGAUUUGUGAAGAAACAAGUGUCCACGAAGGGUCCCGGGAGAAAGAAAAAGAGCUCGGAGAGGAAGCAUAGAAGCGGCAGUCAAAAAUCCAGAGGGGAAAGCAGCAAAUCUAAAAAUCUGAAUGAUGGCAGUAGUUCACUGGUCAAGGAAGAAGGCGUAACUGUCAAGGUUGGCGAAGAAGGGGGCGUAACUGUCAAGGCGUCAUCAUCUGUAUCAUCGAAGAAGAAAACAAGCCCGAAAGAUGACAGCUCGGUCCUUUCUGCUGACCUUAUUUUCGGUACAAAUAAAUCGCACAAACUUAAGAAGUCUAAGGAUAAGUCGACGACGGAGAGAGAGACAACGUCAGCAAUUCUGAAAGAGGAAAAGCGUCCUUCUAGAGAAAGUAGCAAGAAGAAGAGCGGACUCUCUCUCCUAUCACCCAGUCUCGUAUACAAUAACUUAACUUCCGACGAAGAGAAUGAAUCCCGCCCGAGAACGCCGCCCACCAAGACGGAGAGGACGAAGGAGACUGACGCGAAAGACAAAUCGCCAGAGAAGAAGAAAGAAGGAGCGACCGAAAAAAGCGAGGCGAACCCUAAGGACACACACAACAAGUCAGAGAGCGAAGGGGCCAAGGAAAAGGGAGAAAAAGCAAUCUCGAAGAUUCCCAAGCUAAAAAAGAAAGUCAAGAAAGAACCUGCUGGAGGGGAGGCGGGGGCGGCAGCGAAGGAGGUCCAUCCCGAGAUAAAAGUCUCCUCUCCGGUUUGGUCUCCUUCAUCAGACGCAGCACCUCCCGAGAGACCGGGGGCGUCGGGGGAAAAAGCCCCUGAUUUGAAGGAGGCGAGAGAGGCAGACACUCUUGGCGGCGGGAUAAAUAAAAAGAACAGCAGCAAAACUUCCGCGACUGGGAAAGACAUCGAAACUUCCGAUCACCACCCUGAUUCGACAUCUCGCGCGGAGCCUAAAAACGCCAUCGCCGGAAAAGAAAUUAAGUCCGUCGGACCCGAAAAAUCUUUACCUGACGAGAAAAAGGAGGAGAAACUCUUGGGGGAAAAGUCUCCGAGCGAUCUCUCUGUUGAAUUAAAGACAAGUAAGAAGUCGGCGAAGGAGAUCACUCGAGGCAAUAAAGAUGAAAAUGCUGUCAAACCGAAGACGUUUGGGAAGAAGGAGGAGAAUCCUCCUCCUCCUCCCACGGGCGACAAAGCCUUCCCUCUUCUAAUCGCGAAAGACGAAGUUGUUCGGGAUAAAGCGGCAAAUAGAAAGGACGAAGUCGUGAUCGAUGAUGAUGUGGGAACGGAGAGAAAUAGUGUCGUUGUUGAAACUUUAACAAGCGACGCGACCAAGGAUAGUGAAAGAAACGAUACAAGUUUAACGAAGAAAACAACUUUCAAGAAAUCAUCAUCGCGAGCCCUCUCCGAGUCCAAACCAGAAGAGAUCAUCGGUAAGAAUGAAUCUGAAACCAAAGACGUCAUAUUAUCAUCCACGGACGAAGAGGCCUUAGUAUGCAAAGACGAAACAGGCAAAGAGAGCAAGAUAGCAGAAGUAAACAAGGAUGAAAAUAAAUCAGAAGACAAGGAAGAUAAACAAGGGGAGCUGCCAAACGGUGCAAUGGCGGGCAAAAAAGCUCUGAAGAGACCCCGCCAAGUGGGACCGCCUCUGCCACAACAGGAGAACAAGAUAGGCAAUGUGGAGCUCUUGAACGCGCGCAAGAUUCUGAAGAGACCCAUCAAGAAAGGUCUGGGCGUCGCACCUGCCGAUGCCGAAGAGAAUGUCGAACAGCAACCCACAACACCGGAGGACCCGAACAAGAAGUUAUGGAAGAGACCCAUAGCUCAACUGGUCCCUCCAAAGGACGGGGACCAGUUCCUUCAGGCGAGGAAUGUGCUGAAGAAGCCAGUGAAACCGAAAGCUCCUCCGGAGGACAAGAACGACAACAAGCCCACGGGGAAGCUCCCGGAGCUGAAGGUGGUCAAGAAAUUCAGAAAGCCGGGGGCACCGACGGCCGCGCAGCAACAACAACAACAAAAGGAAGGAAGUGACAAGGAUGGUCAGAAGCAGAGAUCCCGCUCUCCCUCGUCCUCCGACGAGGAGGAGGAGGAGGAGGAGGGAGAGGGAGGGGCGAGAAAGGCCGAAAGACAAAGAAGGCCUCCUAAGUCUCGGUCGUCGAAGGAUCAGAAGAAACCUCCCAGUCCUUCGCAGUCUCCGUCCGGGACGACCAAAGCGCAAGGAUCUGGGAAGGACCCGAAAUUGAGUGCUUGUCAAUCAGCUGAUUCUGGAUAUGGGUCGAGUCCAAGCACUCCACAACCCACCCAGACGAUGCCAACUGACAAUAAGAGUGAAGAGGAGAUUUGCACAGUUUGCGGGACCAACUGUCAUAAAAAAUGCGAAAAGCAGAUGGCCAACUUAUGCGGGGUGAACCAGAAGUUGUUAGCGGAAGCCCUUUCGUCUGUUAAAAAAGCAGGUAGCGCCGACGGUACCAGCCGUACGCUAGCGUCCCCGACCAAGAGUUCGUCGGUCUCGGCUUCGGAGAGCGAGACCACGGAGGACGAGAGCGAGACCGACACGGACAACGAUUACUUCGGUCUUCCGGAGAUCAGACCGCCCCUCCAGACCCGACCCAAGUUCAAGAAGUACACCAUCGACGACUUCGCCUUCAUCAAGGUCCUAGGCAAAGGGAGCUACGGAAAGGUCAUGUUGGCCCAGCAAAAGGACUCGGAGAACUACUUCGCCGUCAAGUGCCUGAAAAAGGACGUGGUUCUGGAAGACAACGACGUCGAGUGCACCCUUAUAGAGAGGAAGGUCCUCAGCCUGGGCACGAAGCAUCCUUACCUCUGCCAUCUCUUCUGCACCUUCCAGACUCCCUCCCAUCUUUUCUUCGUCAUGGAGUACCUGACGGGCGGUGACCUGAUGUUCCACAUCCAACACUGCGGCCGCUUCGAUGAGUUCCGAGCCUGCUUCUAUGCGGCAGAAAUUACCUCCGGCCUGAAGUUUCUACACAGCAAGGGCAUUAUAUACAGAGACCUGAAACUCGAUAACAUAUUGUUGGACUACCAAGGACACAUCAGAAUAGCCGAUUUCGGCAUGUGCAAGCUCCAGGUAUAUCUCGACCGUUACGCUGAUACAUUCUGUGGGACACCUGAUUACAUGGCACCUGAGGUCAUCAAAGGUCAACACUACAAUCAGUGCGUGGAUUGGUGGAGUUUUGGCGUGCUGUUAUACGAGAUGCUGACUGGCAAGUCGCCCUUCAAAGGCUGUGACGAGGACCACCUCUUUUGGCUCAUCUGCAACGACGAGCCUUUCUUCCCCAAGUUCCUUUCCAUGGAGGCGACGGAGAUACUAAAAGCGUUACUGGACAAAGACAGCAACCGUCGACUCGGAAUCCCCUUCAGCCCUUACGGGGAGAUCAAAGAUCACGCCUUUUUCAAAUACAUCGACUGGUGCAAGAUUGAAAGGAAGGAGGUGGAGACGCCAUACAAACCAAGACUGCGUCACAUCCUGGACGUGCAGUACUUCGACCGGCUCUUCACCAAGAGACAUGCCGCCAUCACUCCCCUGGACGAAAGCAUCCUCGCCACAAUGGACCAAACUGCCUUCACGGACUUCUCCUACACGAACCCAAAUAUCACUGAUUGAUUCCCACCGAGGACGAACUUCGAGAGGGUUAAACCGAAGAAAUGCAAGCAAAUACCGUAGCGAGAAGCUUAUUAUUAUCAUCAUUAUUACUAUUCUGUCACUGGAGAGAGAGCAAUCAGUUUACACGCAUAGGACGGCACCCACCGCUGAAGGGUGUUCUGUGGGUAGGACGAAUCCAGGGAGGCAGAGUUGCCAACAGUUGGAUCUCCUCUGGCAGGGUGGUCACCCUGGAAGGUGGUUGAGCUACUCUUCCAGCGGCCCAGCCGCCCCCCCUCGGCAUCGCUCUCUGUAGACCCCGCAACAUGUCAUUUUGAUUUCAUUUUUUUAUAUAUCGUAGGUGAUGUGAGUUCUAGGACUUUUGGUGUCUCAGAUUUUGGCUUUUCUAAGUGCUAUAGAUUUACUCUUUAGGUAAGAUUCCUCAAGGUCUAAAUAUCUGCGAUGUGUGACUGACAUGUUCUGGUUCUCGGUGUUCCAGACAUUGGCAUAGGAAUAGCCGGUUAUAAGAUAAUCUUUUAUGUUUUUCAGAAUUGAAUGCUCUGAUGUUCUUUUAUCUCAACGUGUACCAUACUUUUAGGUAGACUAUAGUUUUUAUUCUUUUAAAUGUGAAUGUAUCGAGCCACACGACCUUCAUUAUUGACGAAAGAAAACUCAGAAGUUUUUUUUUUCUAGGGCAAAAGUCUCAUGGAAACAAGGAAUAUUAAAGCUCUGUAGUAGCUCUGCCAGACCGAGUUGUUUCUUUUGGUUCUUGAAGAUGUAAUAUAAAAGCUGUGUCGCUCUCGAAGGCUGGAAUGCUUCUGGAAAAGCUAGCAAAGUCACAGCACUACACUAACUUUUGUUGCGGGACAAUGAAAAGUACAUUUGGAAAGAAAAUUGAAGAGGAAUGUCUCCUCUUUACCUCAACCGGCAUCUUAAAAGGAAUGAUGCUGGAAUGAGGGUAUCAAUUUUUUCCUUUGACUCACGAGAACCCUUUGGCACGGGCUCGUGCGACCUCGGGAGAUGUCAUAUCUUUUCACAAGCUCUCUCUGACUCUAUUCCCUCAGGAUGUUUAGGCUCAGCUGAACGUCCUUAAACUCUCCGAAAUAGAGAAAAGACAAAAAUAUAUUGCAAGAAUGAUCAAAUGAUGUAUUUAAAGAGGGAUGACAAGUGUCUUUUAGAUUUAGAAUAAUGAAGUCUAUCAUGAAUGGAGAGGGCUAGAAGGAAAGACGAAUCAAAAAUAAAGACUAUUAAAACAAUAUUAAGAGAAACUUUAUCGCAAUUAUGUAACUAGUCUUAAAGAAAAAAAUAAGCAAGAAUAGAAUGCUGGAGCCAAGGCACCGAAGAAUAGACGCUGAGAAUGAUAAGCAUAAAAAGGAAAGAAGAAAAGACAACGGAAAAGGGAGAACAGGAUAACAAAGCAGGUAAGGAAAUUAGAAAGCGAAGAAGUUAUAUGGCCCCAAAUUCAUCCGCAUUUUUGCUGCUGUUUUUCCGGGAUAAUUCUUAAAGGAGUCUCAUCCUCCUCAGAAAUUCGUCAAAUCUAGGAUUAAUGAAAUAUACCAGGAUGACCUCUUAUCCAUUCUGUGAAACUAUGAGAUUAGAGAUGUCUUUAUAUCCUGUAAAUAUCCUGACUUUUGGCCAAGUUCAGAAUUGUAAAGCUGUGAAAACAAUAAUGAUUUUAGGAUUCUGAUUGCAAAAUGGAAUACAAAUGGUGCCUACAGAAAGGAAUAAGGGCUGAAUUUUCAAAUGUCAUGGGCACUGUGCUAUGAUAGAGACCAUACACUGACCUUUGCCUGGCACUUCUUUGUUAUUUACUGAAAUUUAGUAACAAAUUAAAAUUUUUGUCCUCCACGAAAAUUUCUGUACAGAGAUCGAAAGAGCAAAGUCUGGAGAGUCAUCUGCAUCGGAUAAGACUGGCGUUUAAGAUAUGCACUGGCCAUCCAUCUUCUUCACAUAUCUGAGUUCUACACCAAAGGAACAAGUUAUAUAUCAUGGAAUGAGAGGUUACUCAAAUAAUAAUAUGUAAAGGCCUUUUACGCCAGGAUUUUUUUAAAAAUAAUAAUUAUAGACCUGUAUGAUAUAUGCAUUCUAAAAUAAACUAGUUUGAUAUUU